AUGUCUGAAAUUUCGUUUUCGUUUUUGUGGCGUUGUCGAGGACGGCAAGUGUCAGUGUUUUUCGUUGUGGUGAGAACGUAAGUAAAGUAUCUUUCAUUUUGCCGUUAAGUGACGAUCUUUCUCAUUUUUCCGAACAAGGAACUAAUUCUCAAGCAAUAUUCUUUGUAUAUUUUGUUCAAGGUUUUGAUAAUUCUCUAAAAUGUUGUUUAUUUGACACUUGUAGAUGAAUGCAAUAGACGUACAGCAACCAGCAAGCGCGGGAAAAAACACGUAAGCUCAAGUUGUUUUGGUCUUUUGACAAAGCUGUGCUUUAGAAUUUAGCUAGAUAUGGAAUAUUAUCCCUCAUUCAACUGAGCCCUCAUUUGUCUCAUUCUUACCAGAAAUCACCAGAUCCGCACAUCGCAAAUCACACUUCGUUCGGCUUCUUUUGAUCACGAUAUAAAAGCGAACCUUUUUAGCGAAAAGAAGUGUUUCAUACCUUUUACUUUUUAUUUAUUUCCACCGGAUAUAUGAAAUACAAUUUACACAACCCGCGUGUAGCAUUAGCUAAUCUUGGAGGGUAUCAGUAAUAAAUAAACAUAAAUAUUAGUCUACAAUAUUACUACAGCAUAAGAUUGACAUUAGUUCUAAGGUACAAAUUAUAUUGGUAUAAUAAUAUAAUUGAAACCUCAGCCUUCGAUAAACUUAAAAAGUACCUGCCUAAUAGUGAGUGUUUCUCCAUCUCUAAACUUUUGAACCCUGUUAAAAUACUCUGUCACAGACACCACUAUUGAGGAGUCUGUUUAUUUGUAAGCCUUAAUUCACCUGAAUUACUUUAUUCUUCCCAUCACCCUUCUCAGAUGUACAUGUAACCUUAUUUUGUACACCUGUUUUCCCUGUUGGGAGGGUUUGUGUGAGCAAGGGGGUAAAAAAGAGUGAAAAUGAUAAAAAACUGGGAAUAUCAUAGCAUCAGUAAAGCUUGGGGAGAUGCUAGAAGUGUGUCAGAGGUAGAGGGGUGGGGGUAGAGGAUAGACAAAUUCAACAAUAUUACACAAAAUAAUAAGUAAUUAAGUGAUAAACAGGAUGCUAAAAAAUAUAUUUUCAAUAGAAAGAUCAUGGAAGGAAUUUUUGGCAAAAUCUCCAGAGUUGAUUCAGAGUGUGUGAAUUUGUUUGCUGGCCACCCUCAUUUACCUUGAAUUUCCCAGUAUAUCCUUAUAGGAAUCACCCCCCUUUAAUUUUUUUCCAUUCCUGGUAAAUCCUUUGUAGUAAUGGUCUAAAAAUAAUGGAUCUACCACUGAAGCUGUCAAAGUAAUUUUUGGCUUGUGUCGUUUUUCAUAGAACCAACUUUGUCUGGACAAAGGACCAUGACAUCUUGUUUUGUAGAGAGCUUUUGGUUACUGAGCCAUACGCCCACAAAGUUAGAAGUGUUGAAAGAGCAAAAGCCUGGGAGCAGAUUGCCUCCAGUUUAAAUAGCAUCCAAGCUCCAAAGUUUAGAGUUACAACUAGAUCCGUACGUGAUCGCUACACACUUCUGACAACCAGAAAAGCAGAGCAGUUAAGAGAGGAGGAGAAAGCUUCAGGGAUAGAAGUUACACCAACAGAAAUUGACUUGUUAUUGGAAGAAAUUUUGGAGAAAGAGAAAGCUGCUAGAGCUGAGAUUGAGUCUGGAGAUACCAAAAAGAGAAAAGCAGAGCAAGACAAGGCAAGUGCUGACAACAUUAGAAGACUGGCAAUGGAAAGGAUGUCUCAGACUAAAACCAGGGAAAGUGAUGUGGGAGAAACUUCUUCAAAGAAGAAAAAAACAAGGCGCAGCUCACAUGAGAUGCUUGAAUUUCUGGAGAACAAAUCUGAGAGGGACCACCAAAUGAAACAAGAAGAACUAAAUUUAAGAAGGAGUGAGCAAGAAGCAAUGACUGCUAUGAUGAGACAGCAACAGCAGCAACUUCAGAAUUUGCAGGCUAUGUUUGUAAGCCAGCAAACACAGCAAACACAAGCUAUGUUGGCUCUCCUAGAAAAAGUUGUUAAGAAGUAA